CUCGCUUUUCCCCCUGCCUCUCCAAUCUCCGCCAAGAAAUUCUUUGCCCUAUCAGGCUAUCCUCAUCCUCGUCACCUUUCUCCAUCGCGAAUCCUAUUGCCCACAUUUUUCUUCCUCUUCCUAGCAAACCAUAGCAUCGCGACAUCCCCGGCUCCCUCUCCUUCCUUUCUCCCGCCUGUCCCUGUCACCGUCUCGUGGUUUGCUAGGACCAUUUGCUCACCGGCAACACAAAAACAGCGGCCUAGCUAGCUCGCCGUCGCUGACCGGCCGGGCCGUGGCGACCACGGCCAGCCGGUUGAUUUCCACUGUGCUUUUUGUGCGGCAUUUGUGCGUGGUUGGAGUGGUUGAGCUGAGCGGAGCGUGGCGCCAUGAAACCAAUUUUAAUACGCCCCCUGCAGCUGAAACCUGACAAGGUAACCAGAUUUUAGGUGGUUACCCCUGUCGCUUCCUCCCACCUCUCGCCCUUCGCCGCGACGCCUCUCUUCGCUUAGGAUAUAGUUCCCGCUCUGGUCGCUUGCGCUUGUAUUUUCCUCCUCGUCUCGCCCCCUUUCGGUUUGGGUUGAAUGAAUUCAGCCACAAAGUGAGUGACUGGCCGGAGAGGCAGCGAUUCUUGGUAACGGAACUCGCUUUCCAGGGCGACGACCGCCGCCUCGGCAGUUUUCUAUUCGAGCAGCGCGGUUCCGGGUCGCACAUUGGCUGCAGCUAGCAGUCGGGAUCGUGUUGUGUCAACGGCGAUUGGUUGGCUGAGCUAAGCUAACCGGUGGCCUAGUUACGGACCAGCUUUGUGUGUCAUGGACAAGUGCGUUGGCCGGUGAUUUUUUUGAGCUGCGAGCUGGCUCCCGGUGAUCGAUUGGGGGCGUCAUGGCGGGGGAGGAUGGGGACGGCGUCGGCCGGUGCAUACUGGUGGGGCUGCACAUGGACGCCGUCGGAAGGGACCUGCUCCGGUGGGCGCUCAACCAGGCGGCGAGGCCGGGCGACCGCGUCGUCGCCGUGCACAUUUACCGCAAAUCCGACCUCUGCAAGACGAACACUCUGACCCUGAUCAGGACGCUGGACGACUACCUGGCGGAGUACGAGGCACUCUGCAGCCAGAAAGAAAUUGUUCUCGUGGGCCGUGUGACGCCGGGGAGCUCGAUCCAGAAGGAGCUAGUGAAGGAGGCCAAGCUUUGCGCCGCCAUGGUGGUGGUGCUUGGCGCCAGCAAGAAGUACUCUUUCGAAGGGUCGACUUGCCUGGCCAAGUACUGCGCCAAGAAGCUCCCGCCGACGACCACCGUCGUCGCCAUCCAGAACGGCAAGGCCGUCUUCGUCAGGGAGGCCCCCCAGCCGCCACUUGGAGCAGAGCCGAAGCCGGUGCUGCGCACGGUGUUGCACCCGAGCGUGGGGCUGGAGCCCAAGGUGAUCAUCCCGAACCCUAACCGGAGCGCGCGGUCCAUGGACUUCGACGCCCUGAGCCGCGCCCACGGCGGCCCCGCGCCGGUGACGAAGUCCUUCGACGACGCUACAAAGGUCGGCGGCGCCGGAACGGCGCCCGAGCAGAGGCUCGGGUGGCCGCUGCUCCGACACGCGCACGCCGCCGCCUCCGCUGGGCUCAGCCCCAAGGACGGGGGACCGCGCAAGCAGUCGGUGGUGCAGUGGGUGAUGAGCCUGCCGAAGCGGUCCUCGCCGUCGUCGUCCCCCGAGCCGCGCACCGGCCUCGCCGGGGAGCUCAGGGCAAUGCUCGACGGCGGCGGCGCGCGGUGCCGGUGGUUCCGCUAUGAGGAGCUCUACGACUCAACCAACCACUUCUCAUCAGAGAAUCUGAUAGGGAACGGAGGGAACAGCAGGGUGUACAAGGGCAGCCUCGCGUGCGGGCAGCAGGUGGCGAUCAAGCUGUCCAAGGCAUCAGCCGAGGCGUCCAAGGAUUUCCUCCGCGAGGUGGACAUCAUCACCAAGCUCCAGCACAGCCGGAUCGUCCCGCUGAUCGGCGUCUGCGUCGAAGGCCCCAACCUCAUCUCCAUCUACAGCUACCUCCCCAGAGGCAGCCUCGAGGACAACCUACACGGGGAAAGGUCAAAGCCGACGUUGUCAUGGGAGAACCGGUACAAGGCGGCGCUGGGGAUCGCUGAGGCCCUGAGCUACGUGCACUCCGACUGCUCGCGGCCGGUGAUCCACAGGGACGUCAAGUCGUCCAACAUCCUUCUCACAGAAGAGUUGGAGCCUCAGUUAUCCGAUUUCGGGCUUGCGAUCUGGGCGCCGUCCAAUCCGACCUCCCUGACGCACAGCGAUGUCGUCGGCACGUUCGGGUACCUAGCGCCGGAGUACUUCAUGUACGGGAAGGUCACCGACAAGGUGGACGUGUACGCGUUCGGCGUCGUCCUGCUGGAGCUCCUGUCCGGGAGGAAGCCCAUCAGCGGUGACGGGUCGUCCCCGAAGGGCCAAGAAAGUCUCGUCAUGUGGGCAACUCCGGUGCUUAACAGCGGCGACAUUUCUGGUCUGUUGGACCCGAGCCUAAACGUGAAGCACGACGAGGUCGAGGUAAAGCGGAUGGCCUCUGCGGCGUCCCUCUGCCUCAGGAGGUCGGCUCGCCUCAGGCCGCCGAUAUCGCAGAUACUGAGCAUACUACGCGGAGAGGACACAGCGAGCAUCGCCGACCAGGGCGCCGCCGUGGAGCCAGACUGCCUGGACGACGAGGCGUACCCGACGGCGAACGUGAGGUCGCACCUGGGCCUCGCGCUGCUGGACGUGGAGGACGCCGAGUCCAUCUCGAGCACGGAGCACAGCAGCGGCCUCAGCCCCCUGGAGGAGUAUCUGCGGGAACGGUGCAGCCGAUCUUCCAGCUUCGAUUGAUUGACGCCUCUGCCUUUCCGAUUGCGUUUUUGCAUGUAUUUUCGUUUUUUUACUUGGCUCUUCUGUUGUUUGGGAUUGAGCUGGGCUGUCAUUGUUUGGUUUGGCUACCGAAACCGUGUACUGUACAGAAUCAAAGCAUCAGCGCCAUAUUUUCGGCACCGAGAGGCUUCUUGAGAAGCUUCUGAUUGUCAUCGACCUGCAGGUUCAGCAAAGGAAAGAAAAAAUAAAAAAAGAAAAGAUCAUCCAUUUCGAAAGAUCUUUUUUUAUA